GCAGUGGUCCAUUGAGGGGCGCUCACGCUCAUUACCGCUUCGCCGGCCGGCCCAGCGCACACGCAUAGCGCGUUGCUCGCUACUCGCCGACCAUUACACCGACGCACUGCCUACGACAUGUUGCCUCUCUUCUCUCGCUACAACAUGGAGAGCUAUUCGAAAUCGUUUGUCUGGCUCGUUGCAGCAGCGCUCUUGGCCACUAGCGCUGUGAGUGCUGGCGUUGGAAACAAACGCCCUUUUACGCCGUCCGAUUCCAUAUUGGAUAUUAUAGACACGGAGCAAGUCGAUAGGAUACUCGCUGCGCGAAGACGAAACGAAGAAGCGACGGCUUCGCCAACAUCGUACGUUCAGAGAAACGAGCUUGGCGAAGGCAGUUCCGAGACGAUGAUCGUAUCGGCACCUGAUCAAGAAGAUGCGACCGAAAUACCCAAAGGUGCAGCGUUUCGAAAUAUACUCAAAUCUUCUAAGAAUGCAUUGAUCGUCACUAAGAAGGAGUAUCUGAAGGAAGAUUGGUGUAAAACGGAACAGUUAAUACAAAAAAUACGUGAACCCGGUUGUUUACAGGCGACAGUGAUAAACAAUUUUUGUUACGGACAGUGCAAUUCAUUUUAUAUUCCGAAAGGACCACGGCGUCGCGACGGCAAUGACGAACGGCCUCCGCCUGCGUUCAAAUCAUGUUCGUUUUGUAGACCGAAGAAGUUCACUUGGAUCACUGUUACGCUUCGGUGCCCUGGACAGAAUCCUCCUUUUAAACGCAAACGGUUACAGAAGAUAAAGCAGUGUAAGUGUCUACCGGUCGGUGUGAACUGA